AUGGCCGAUUGGCUCAAGGACAAUGCGCCGCACGUUCAGGAAUGUGGGAUUUUGGCAUCAGGCAGCAAGCACUACGGACGGCCAGUUUCUGAACUCGUUACUGAAGAUCCGGUGUUCUGCCAAUGGGCUCUUCAGAAGGUGGAGGAGGGAGAUGCCUCGCUGGGAGUGCGGGAAAUCGCCGAGUGGCUCAAGAAGAAUGCGCCGCACCUGCAG